CAUGACGUCGCUCUCUAUAAUCUUAUUGGCUAAUCAAAGUUCAAAGGUUAAAAGACGACGUCAGUUCCCUAGUUACUGCGUCAAGAUGGCACUGAAUAAGUCGCCAUCGACGACGCAUCCUAGCUGUUCGGUGUCGAGUAAUCGACCUGUAUCCAGCGUGGAGAAACUCAUAAUGCGAACAAAAAUAAAAACCGCUAAAAUUGAAAGAUCAAACAGCCAACCGCUGAAGCCCAGCCACAUUCCAACACCAGUCAUUAAACCAGAGAGACCCGCCAGUGUCCCUCACAUGGACGUAUUAUCAUCUUCGACUAACACUAACACACAGAGGACCUCAUGUGCCGCCCACACAAGGCCUUGGAGGCCCUCUAGUGUUUUACCUCAGCAUGUACAGUCUGAGAACCAUCUUCCAAACCCAAGAAUUGCAAAACUGUUAGACAGAGGCUGGAAAUCAGCUUCCAUUCUGCCGAGUUAUCCGCAAGCCGGUCCCGAGCGUUAUACAGCUAGCCGGCCAUCAUCGACUGUAAAAUACACUGCAACGGAUACAAGCAGCACUAAUAAUAGCACAAGAAAUCACAGCAGCUACAGCUGGGAAGACAACGUCAUUUAUGCUACCAGUAGCGGCGACUUGAAAAGUCCCAGAAUGUGUAGGAAAAUAUGCUGUAUACCUAUUCCAGUUUAUAGAAAGCGAUCAAAUCUGAUUUCCGCUGAAAGUAGUGACACACAUUCUGCAAGACAGCAAGGAAGUGCUUCCAGAAGAGAUGAAACAUCAACAUCUAGUACAGGCGUUACAGCACAGGUACAGCACAGCCGCAUUCCUGUUCCUAGGUCGAUUACCCCACAAGUUGGUUUCAUUAAUAAAUUGAAACCGAGAUACGUGGAUUCUCGGAAAUUGAGUGCUAAAUCUGCACCCAUACGGAGGACAAGCAAAAUCCCAGUCCUAAGCAACAGGUCUGUAAUAUCUCUUGCCCAGACAUCACUGGAGGUUCCAAGCCUAAAAUUCUUUACAGAGGAAGUUGUCAAUGAAUACAGUCCAAAGCGAGAAAUAAAGCUACAAAAACCACAGAAAGUUCCGAGCCUGCAAUACCUGGCAGAGCAAGCUGUAGAGAUAAAUAUUGAUGUACCAAGAGAACAGAAAGUUCCAAGCCUGAAAUACCUGACAGAACAAGCUGUAGAGGAAAACAGCAUAAAGCAGAAUAUUGAUGUACCAAGAGCACAGAAAGUUCCAAGCCUGAAAUGCCUUGCAGAACAAGCUGUGAAGGAAAACGGCCUUAAGCAGAAUAUUGAUGUACCAAUAGUACAGAAAGUUCCAAGCCUGAAAUACCUUUCAGAACAAGCUGUGAAGGAAAAUGGCCUAAAGCAGAAUAUUGAUGCACCAAGAGCACAGAAAGUUCCAAGCCUGAAAUACCUGGCAGAGCAUGCUGUAGAGGAAAACAGCACAAAGCAGAAUAUUGAUGUACCAAUAGCACAGAAAGUUCCAAGCCUGAAAUACCUGGCAGAUCAUGCUGUAGAGAAAAACAGCAUAAAGCAGAAUAUUGAUGUACCAAGAGAACAGAAAGUUCCAAGCCUAAAAUACCUGGCAGAGGAAGCUGUAAAGGAAAACGGCCUAAAGCAGAAUAUUGAUGCACCAAGAACACAGAACGUUCCAAGCCUGAAAUACCUGGCAAAGCAUGCUGUAGAGAAAAACAGCAUAAAGCAGAAUAUUGAUGUACCAAGAGACCAGAAAGUUCCAAGCCUGAAAUACCUUUCAGAACAAGCUAUAAAGGAAAACGGCCUAAAGCAGAAUAUUGAUGCACCAAGAGCACAUAAAGUUCCAAGCCUGAAAUACCUGGCAGAACAUGCUGUAGAGGAAAACAGCAUAAAGCAGAAUAUUGAUGUACCAAUAGCACAGAAAGUUCCAAGCCUGAAAUACCUGGCAGAGCAUGCUGUAGAGGAAAACAGCAUAAAGCAGAAUAUUGAUGUACCAAGAGCACAGAACGUUCCAAGCCUAAUAUACCUGGCAAAGCAAGCUGUAGAGGUAAACGUCUUAAAACAUAAUAUUGAUGUUCCAAAAGCACAAAAGGUUCCAAGCCUGACAUACCUUGCAGAGCAAGAUGUAGAGGAAAACGGUCUAAAGCAUAAUAUUGAUGUACCAAGAGCACAUAUAGUUCCAAAACCGAAAUACCUGACAGACAAAGCUGUAGAAAAAAGUGCCUUAAAGCAGAAUAUCGAUGUAUCAAAAGCACAAAAAGUUCCAAACCCUAAAUACCUAAUAGAAGAAAGUGCUCUAAAGCAGAAUAUUGAUGUACCGAGAACACAGAACGUUCCAAGCCUGAAAUACCUGGCAGGACAGGCUGCAGAUAAAUACCAUCUUAAGCAGGACAUUGAUGUUUCAACGGCACUGAAAGUUCCAAACCUGGAAUACUUGACAGAGCAAGCCGCCAUUGAGGAAAACGGCCUAAAGCAGAAAAUCGAGUCAAAAAAAGCACAGGAAGUUCAAAACCUGAGCAUUUUUGCAGGAAAAGAUGUAGAUAAAAUGGGCAUAAAGCAGAAUAUGGAUUCACCAAGAACACAGAAUGUUCCAAGCCUGAGGUUCUUGGCAGAAAAAGCUGCCAGUGAAGACGUAUUUAAACAGAAAAUUGAUGUACCAAGAAUAAAGAUAGCUGAAAGUCCCAAUUUAGUUGAAGAAAAUAUGAUUGCUGGAAACAACCUCCUCAACGAUACCGGUGUACACAAAACAUGUUUGGAUAAUCUUUUACAACACGCUCAUUAUGAACACAAUUUAGAGCGAGACAAGGUACUGAAGAUACAAGACGGCGCCAGAGCAAGGUCUGUUCUUUGCAACAGAAUGAGCAAUAUUCCUGUAAGCAGAAUUUCAAGAACCUCCGAGUCAAAACGACAGACCUCAUGUUGCUCUACUCGUAGGUCGAGGCCACCAACAAGAGCAUCUGAAAAGUCAAGGGUGACAAAAGGUUGCGAAGGAACCAAGUUCGAAUAUGCUGACAAAACAGACGACAAGGGUGACUGGAACUAUUACUCUACUGAGAGAACAGUACAGAAGAAAGUCGAAGAAGCUCCCGAUGGUGUCAAGAAACAGCUUGACGAGACUUUCACACUGGAAACUUACACGCCAGCGCCUGUUGCAUGGGAAAGUGAUAGCUGCAUUGUGGAUGAGUCCAACGAAAUGCAAAAGUACGAACCUGUUGACCUUGACAGGUAUUUCAAGAAUCACAAAGUGAAAGAGAAGUUUCCAACAUUGAGUGAAUUAGCAGAAAGGGCAGUUAGAAAGUAUGAGUUGCUUGAAAUAUGCGAAAGAGGUUUUGAAAAUCCUAAAAUUAGUAUGGUAAGAACCGGAUCACCGGAAAUGGAAACCGAUUACCCGGAUGAAUGUCGAUAUACAGAUGAGAGGUUUACCGAAGUAGAUCACGUGGUUGCCGCUUUCGCGAACAAUACAAACAAGCCAAUACCUCUGUCAAGAGAUCCUUGCAGUCAAAGAGCUGUCCGAAGUGUAACACCAGAGUCAAGUAACAUCGAGAAUGACCCAAGUUAUCAGCAUCGUGCCUAUCAGAUGCAGAAACCACCAGAACCACCAGAUGGCGUCAAUACUGGAUCAAAGAGCAGGUCAUCUUCUGCGUCAUCAGUAAGAUCAAAUCUUCCAGUAUCGGCUGAAAAGGAAAGGGACAGUCGGAAAACUUCAGGGUCUCGUAGCCGUGAAGAGAAGACUACACUACCCUCAGGAAAAUGCACGAAAACCACAGGGACUUGUGAACAUGAACAUAAUGUCAAGAAGAUACCAAGGUUAAAACCGAAGAAGAAAACAGAAAGCGUAGCUGAUAAAGUUGACAACCAGAAAUUACAGCGCUUGAAACAUGACCAUGAUAACAUAAGUAACAGUGACGUAUUCAAGAUGAUAACCGCUAUACAUGAAGAGGACAAAGAGGCCGCUAAGAUGCUAGAAGAAUUAAAACUAAUAACAAAACUGGAAGAAGAGCAGGAAAACAAAAUCAUGAAAAGCAAGUUGGAAGAAGCUCGACUGGUUGCAGAGAUAGGUGAUUUCAAAGAUAAACUCGCUGAUACAAUUCACAAGAAAGAAAAAGUUGAUGCAAAGCUUUUGGAGAUAUACAAGGAAGAACUGAAACCAGACACUGAAUUUGAAGUUAUAGAAAAUUAUUUGCACAUUGAAAAUAUGGCAAAGACCUACCACGAGAAAAGGAAUUUUGAGGAAUGCAAUAUUGCAUUUCUUGAACACGAGCUGAAGACGGAAAUAGAACAGCAGAACCUAAAACUUUUAAAGAAGACAAAAGAGCCAAAAAUAAAGCCAAGGAUGACGAAAAAUGCCUUACGUCUUCAAAAGGAAAAAGGUCUAAAAGUAAGACAAGACAAAAUACAAAAGGUAGACGAAAAAUUUAAAAAUGGUGGACAACAUAGCAAAAGCAAGCAAAAAGGAGCAACUUACUUCAAAGAACCGGAGAAUAACAACUUCAAUCCGUUACUUUUGGGAAUGAAGGAAAUACCAAAUAGCCAUGAGAAAACAGAUAAAAUCAAUUCAAGGCGAAUGGAGAAGAAACCUAAUGAUACAGCCAUGCCCACCAAGAAUGCUGCCACUCGCACCAACAAAACACUGCCAAUAAACAAAAAUAAGAUAAAUGCGGCGAUCAAAACGUCAAACCAGCAAACAAAAAGACAAUUUGUUUCUAAAAGGAAUGAAGAUUUUAAAAGCAAACAAGCUGACUCACAUAAAGAUAACAGAGACGUGAAUAAAACAAAGAAAUCCUCUGAAAAGAAAAGAGACGGUGAAAUGUUUCUGGGAAACGAGAAUAAAAAAAUUGAUAUAGAUAAACAUGGAGUCCUAAAGAACAUGAAAAACGUUCCUAAUAUCAACAUUCCUAGAUCUAAAAUUGCUCCAAAGCCAAAAAGCAUCACAUCAGAUAGUGCUGAACAAGGACAAUUAAAAAUGAAGGGUAGAAAAAGUAAACAUAAUACACAAAGUAAAGUGAUGGGAAAUACAAUGAAACCUGUUGACAGAAGUAAAGGUGUGGUGAACAGCAAUGUCCAAGGUACUUCUGCAAUAAGAGUACACACACAGUUAGAUAAAAGUGACAACAACCGAAAGAACUUACACAAUGGUAUAUUGAAACGACCAAUUAUGGAGCCAAACAAACUGCGCCAGGUUGUUCAACCAAAGGCUAAACCAGGAUACAUAAACACACAGCUUCCAUCAUUGAAAAACCGUACACAAUCGGAAGCUAAACAGCCAAAGGCACCUGGAACUCUUGGUGAUAAACGAAGGGUGCCGCUUCCAAAGAUGUCCAAGCAAAGUACAAAGGUUGUCAGAGACAGACACGAAAAAGGAAUUACAGAAAUUUCAAAGCCUGAUUUCGUUUUUUGAUAAAUAAUAAAAUAUAUUAAAUCAUGGAA